AUGGAAGAAUGGGAAGGAAUAAGAUGUCACCGGGUAAUUGUUGUUAACCUUUUUAACAAUGGAAUUAAGGCUAUCAUUUCAUCUAAUAGUACCCUUUUUCAACUUUAUCACCUUCAGAGCCUUAACUUGGUUCCUCUUGAGUUAGCCCAACUCUCUAAAUUAACCUCCCUUGAUUUAUCAUAUAAUGUUUGUCUUCAAAUUCAAAAUUCCAUUACGAUAUUUCACAACCUAACAACGUUGAGAUUUUUGUAUCUCAACAAAAUUCAGCUUGAUUCACGAUUCCUUCAAUCAAUCACAAACUUGUCUUUACUAACAGAACUUUAUUUGAUGCUAUGCAAUUUACAAGGAGAGUUGCCUCCUUCCAUUUUUAAUCUAUCACACCAGAAGAUUCUUGAUCUUGGAGCGAAUGAAGGCCAAUUAAAACAUUUGAGAUCAUUGGAUGUAUCAAAUAGUAGUCUAAGUGGGAGAAUUCCAAUGUGGGUGUGGAACAUUUCUGAAUCUUCAAUGAACACAGCCAAGCUCUCAAGUUUUAACUCAACUAGACUUGGCCAACAAUCAUUCCGUUGGAGAGAUACCAAAUUGGUUGUUCAACUUGAAAUAGAGAUGUCUCAGUUACAUGGGCAACUACCGCGAUCCUUGGCACAAUGCACAAAGUUAAGUGCAAUCAAUCUUAAGAUUGUGUUAGCAUUUAAAGCACAUGAGACUAACUUUGAGAAGGUAAUUACAACAUCCUCAUAUUUAGAUCUAUCAAACAAUGCGUUCGAGGGGGAGAUUCCUGAAUGUAUAGGAGAAUUGAUUUCAACUAACGGCCUAAAUCUCUCUCACAACCGUCUUACUAAACGCAUCCCUAAAUCCAUUUCCAUGUUGUCCCACCUCGAGAGUUUGGACGUAUCUUCCAACUUGCUGUCUGGACACAUCCCUCAAGAACUAGUUGCUUUGACGUUCCUUGAAGUUUUCAAUGUAUCCGACAACAAACUAGAAGGACUUAUACCAGAAGGGAACAACUUCAACACAUACUCAGCCGAUUCAUACCAGGGUAAUCUUAGAUUGUGCGGUACACCAUUACCCGAGUGUGGAGGGAGUCAUGAGCCAUCUCCGAACAAUAUCGGAAGCAGUGAAGAUGGUAAAAGUGUAUUGUCAAUGUGGAAAAUCAUUGUAAUGGGAUUUACAAGUGGUGUGGUGGUGGGGUUACUAUAUGCUCUCGAUGGGAAAACCGUUUUGGUUUAUCAGAUUGGCUAA